AUGAGACACGAACAAUCUUCGACUAUCCCGCCCUCUUCAAACGAAUCGACGGCGACACCUCAGGCCUCAACUUCCGAUCCCAACAAAACCGAAAAUGUGCCCGUUCCCGUCCUCCGUCGCGUUGACAACAACAUGGUCAACGCCACACUUCUCCUGCAUGCCGGUGGAAUGGUGACGGAUAGAGAGCGCAGCAUUGUUCUCUCGCUUGAACGGGGACGCGCACGGUGUCGGAAAAAAGGAAGUGGGCUCUACGGGACGUGGAUUCCAUUGGCGCGUGCCCGGCAUUUGGCAAGGACCUUUUGCUUGCAGCAGAAGCUUGGUGGGUUUUUGAGCAAC